CCUAGCAGUGCCCCUGUCUCCAUCCUGGAGGUGCCCCGUGCUGGGAUGGGGUGGGGGGCAGCCCCGCCAUGACUGCCGGCACGCUAUGGUGCCUGGGAGUUCCCCAGCCCAGUAUGCCGCCAGCAGCGCUGGGGCAGUGUGGCGGGCUAGCCACCCCCUUGCUGGGCGGUAUCCUUGAGUGUGGCCGCUCCUCUCCCUUCCUGCCUGCCUGCCUGCUGCCUGCCUGGGAAAGGAAGGAGAGGCAGGGCUGGGCCCUGCAGUGUCGUCCACCCACCCCGACCGGCAUCCACUCCCCAGCUGCAUCCCGACUGGGCUCUAGCUCCAGCGGCACCCAGGGGCUAGGGCUGUGCAGGGCACUGCCCACGGGGCAGGGGGUGCCACAGGGCUGUGCCGGUGAUUAGCAUCAUCCAUGGAGGAGCGUGCCCGUCCUCCGGCCCCAUUCCUGGCAUGUGUCCAAGCUCGCCGAAAGCCGCCCCGACAUCCCCGCCAUGCACUGCCCCGCUGAUGCCUUCAGCCUCUCCUGGCCCUCAGGGUGUGAUGUCAGCGAGCUGUCCCUGCAGUGGAACCCGCUGUCCCGGCACUGCAGCACCGACCAGAGCAGCUCCAUUGGGAGCAUGGAGAGCCUGGACCAGCCCAGCCAGGCCUACUAUGAAGGGGACCCCUCACCCGUUGACCAGGGCAUGUACCACAGCAAGCGGGACUCGGCCUACAGCUCCUUCUCUGCCAGCUCCAUCGCCUCCGACUGCGCUCUCUCCCUCCGCCCUGAGGAGGCCGCCUCUGUCGACUCUGGCCUCCAAGGCACCUGCAAGCCCCCCGACGGGCGCUACCUGACCACGGGGGCUGAGUCACCCGCCAGCCGGCACCCCGAGGCCUGGCGGGCGCCUGUGCCCCCCCAGCCCCCUGUCAGGAGGGACAGCCUGCGGGCAGCCCCGGCCAGCGGAGGGGACAGGCACCGGGUGUCUGUGUCGGCUGACAUGCUGCAUGCCAAGGGCCGGUGGAUCUCCGAUACCUUCCUCUGCCAGCGGGACGGGGAGGUGGAGGCAGCGGGCGGGAGGAUGCCGGCGCCGUACCCCACGAAGGACCGUCUCUCUGCUGGCCAGUACUACAUGCUGAGCUCCCACCCGGACCGGUGCCCAGCCGAGCCACUCCUGGGGGAGAACGCGGAGCCAGGCGACCGGCUGUACCCGGAUGGCAGCACGCACCGAGUGCCAGAUGCUGCGGCGGCAGGUGACAAACCGCUGCUCUCCCCCCUCAAGGGCCACACGCUGCACCGGCACAGUGCUCCCGAGCAGCUGCUGGCCUCCCAGCUCCGCUCCCUCCAGGUGGGCACCGGCAGCGGGCGAGCCUCACCAGCCCCCGACGGGCACCGCUGGACCCUUUCCCCUCUGCACCCCGAGGGCAGCCGGCCAGGGGCCACAGGGCCCACCGAGGAUCCUCCGCUCUGCCCAGAGCCGUGCCGCCGUCCGCCCCCCUGCCGCUGCUGCCCCGAGCCACAGCGAGCCUGCGGGCAGGACGGGCGGGGGGCCAGCCCAGUGCGCGGCACCGAGGGGCUGGCGGAGGAGGAGAGCCGGGCAGCGGGGCGGCGGGCUGGGGGUCCUCCCCACCGCUCUGCUCAGAUGCGCCGUCGCAGCGACCGCUUCGCCACCAGCCUGCGCAACGAGAUCCAGCGGCGCAAGGCCCAGCUGCAGAAGAGCCGGGGUCCUGGCGCCCCGAUGCCUAGCGAGGAGCCGGUGGAGGAGGCAGAGGAGCCCCCCGAGGGCAGCGUGCCGGCAGAGGGACCUCGCGCCCCAGCCGAGCGUCUCAGCCCCGGCCCGAGCGAGGACGGCAGGAACCCGGGCCGCUUGGGGGACCGGGGCAUCCCCACCCCUGACCCGCUGCCAGUUCCCAAAGGGCCCCCGUCGCCUGAGCGGGUGGUGCCAACGGGCCGGGGCCGCUGGCGCUGGUCCCCGGAGCGCAAGCUGCAACGGCAGCGCUCGCCCAGCCCCGGCGAGCUGGAGGGCUACAGCCAGGGGCCGGCGGCCCCCAGCUCCCCACCACGGGGCGACGACGAGGCUGUCCUCCUGCCCUUCGCCGACCGUCGCCGGUUCUUCGAGGAGAGCAGCCGGCCGGCGCCACCCCGGCACUGCAAGCCCCCGGCAGGUGAUCCUGGUGCCUUCCAGCCCCCCGGCCCCGAGCGCCGGGACGCACGCCGCCUCUCCGUGGACCAGCCCUACAGCUCUCCCUCACCCGGCCGCCCCGGCUCCGCCAGCCCCUAUGCCGAGUGCUGCCGGGAGCAGCCCCCUUGCUACAAGCCGCUGGGGAGGCCGGGGGAGCUGGAGUACCUGCGGGGCUUCUCCUAUCCCUACGGGGGUCCUGUGCGCCCCGAGCCCUGCCGCUACUGUGGGGGUGACCUGUGCCCCCCGCCGCUACCCCGUGGCCAUGCCUGCCGCUGCCACCCCCAGCCCUGGGUGCGCUGUUCUGACUGCUGCUGCCCAGCCCCCCGCCCUGGGCGGGAGGAGAGCGAUGCCUGGCCCCCUCGGAGAGCUUUCGCCCCGGAAUUUCCUCCGGAUGAGUGGGAACCACCAGCAAUGACCAGGAAAGCCAGCCAGUCCGUCAGUGAGCUCUCCCACUACCAACUGGGCUUCUCGAGGCUUGGCCCCUUCCGCCCUUGCUUUGAGAGUGCCGAGCCAGAGUGGCCACCCUGCUACCGGGCCACGUCCACACAUGACCUCUUGUGGGAUGGCAACCGCCUGGCCCACUCUGCUGAAAGCCCCCCGGAUUCCCUGCACCGCCCACUGCGGGGCAGAGCCUUCUCUGAGAGCCAUCUCAACCUGGAGCCCACCAGCCCCCGGGGCCGUGACCGAAGGGACCUUCUACGUGCCAAGCUGGACCCACCAGGUGUCCCAAAAAAGAAGGGCCCCCCACCUCCCCGCCCGCCUCCCCCCAACUGGGAGAAAUACAGGCAGCGCAGGACAUCCCAGCACUUGCCGGAUGGUUCUGGGCAUGGCUCUGCCUUCACCGCCACCCCAGUGCCGACCUGCAGCAUCACUGAGGCCACGCGUGAGCGGUCGCAGAGUUUCACCGGGGAGCAGGGGGGCCGGUCCCGGGGGCAUGCUGCUCGCCCCCCUGCCCCACCAGGUGCCUGGCCCCGACCCGAGCCCUCUGGAUCGCUCCACAGGACACCCGAGCCCGAUGCUGGCAGCACCGAGAUUUGCAGCAGGGCAGUGGGGGCCGGGGAGGACCGGCCGAAGAUGAAGCACCCCUGGGAGAUGGAGGAGCAGCCCCAAAGGCUCGGCUGGAAUCAGGAGCGGGCCUGGGCUGGCCCCCGUGGGGCGGGUGAGUGCUCCCUGCCCCUGCAUGGUGGCCCCAGCCCCGCCACCCCAGAGGCACCCAAGCGCAGCCCCGGAGCAGUGGAGGAGGCGAGCUGCCAUGGGGGUCGGCCCCAGCCUCACCGUGUGGACUCAGAGGAGCUGCUGUGGGACAUGGCAGGCAGGGACCACGCCCUGGCUGGCAUCCUGGCACCCUCGGCCCCCCUUGGCACCGAGGUGAUGGGCAAUCUGCUGGUGGCAGGGGAGCGGCAGGCCUGGCGGGAGCAUUUCCAGCAGGACUGGCGCCUGGAGGCCCUGGCACAGGACAGGCAGGGCUUCGAGCCCAUCUCGCCGCCCCCUGGGAGCACUGCCAGCUCCAUCUCCUACCCAGCGUAUUACGGCGUGGCAGCAGGCAGAGCCGAGCCACUCAGCAAGGUGAAGGAGCUGCCGGAGGUGGUGGAGGGAAGCUCGGAGGAUGAGGAGGAGGAGGUGGACCAUGAGCUGGUGGAGAAGAAGCUGCAGCUGAUUGAGAGCCUGAGCCGCAAGCUGGCGGUGCUGCGGGAGGCACAGCGGGGGCUGCAGGAAGACAUCAGCGCCAAUGGGGCCCUGGGCGAGGAUGUGGCUGCCCGCCUGCAAGCCCUCUGCACCCCGGGGGAGUUUGACAAGUACCGCCUCUUCGUGGGUGACCUGGACAAGGUGGUUAACCUCCUGCUCUCCCUCUCGGGGCGUCUGGCCCGGGUGGAGACUGCCCUGGACAGCCUGGGGCCACACGCCCCCGCCGAGGACAAGGUGGCCCUGCAGGAGAAGCAGCGGCUGCUGGCGGAGCAGCUGGAGGACGCCAAGGAGCUGAAGGAGCACGUGGGGCGGCGGGAGGAGGCGGUGGGUGCCAUGGUGGCGCGGUACCUGCCCACCGAGCACCUUCAGGACUACCAGCACUUCGUCAAGAUGAAGUCAGCCCUCAUUGCCGAGCAGCGGGAGCUGGAGGAAAAGAUCAAGCUGGGCCAGGAGCAGCUCCGCUGCCUGCGUGAGAGCCUUGGCCAGGCCCCCAAGGGCUGUUAGCCCACUGCCCAAUCUCCUCCCGGACCCUGGCCGCGGCCCCAGCUUGCUGCCAAAGCAGAUCUGGCCCCUCAGGGGCUUUCCCUGUGUCUGUCCAUCCCUGUGUCCAGCCCACGCGUUUUAUUUAUUUUUCCGGUUUACCAAGAAGGGGAGGGGGUGCCAGUCCAGGCACUGGCAAGGGCGGUUGUGCUGUAGAGCUGCCCUGAGUUCUUUGGCCACCCAGCACCCUGUGGCCCAGCAGGACCAGAUGGACGGAACCUACCCCCACCCGACCCCUCGCCCCAGUCUUUCUGUGCUCGCGGGGGUCCCUCCACCUUGUCUUGGACACCAGUGCCUGUCCUGCAGCUGGUGCUGCACCACGUGCCUUAAACACCCCCCCCCCCCCAGCCGCCCCGUGGCAUCCCUACGUGGUGCCUGGAAGGGUUAAACCCCCUGGCCUCCAUCAUAUCUGUUUGUCCAGCUCCAUCCAUCGGUCCGAUGGGAGCUGGAGGAAUUUCGGCCCCCAGCAUCCUCUUCCUCUCCAUUGUGUCUGAAACAAUGGACCUGGCCAGCAGAUCUUUAACCCCUUCCCCACCACCCUGAGGCGCCGCAGGGGGCUGAGGUGGGUGCUGUGCACCCCUCAGGACACUGCAGUGGAUACCCUUGGGAUGGUGCCCUGCCAGGGGAUGGGGUGCUGGGAACAGUAGACCAGUGACUGGGGGUACCCCCUGCCACCAGUGCUGUGGGCUUGGGGACCACCCCGCCUUGUCCAGCCUCUGCCCCGGCACCAGGAGGGAUUAACAGAGGAAAAGCCAUGCUAAGAACAAAAUGGGGCACCUGUCCCCCGCUCUGUGCCACAGCAGCCCCAAGUAGCACUUAGAUCUCACCCUGGCUCCCACCACCGCUGUCCAUCUGUCCCCACGGGACGGGCAGACACCUAUAUGCUGAUUUUGCACAGGGGUUGCAUGCAACUGGCAGCAGCUUGGGGCAGGGCGGGGGGGUGGGGAGGGGAGGGAAACCUUUCUGGGGAGGCAGGGGCUUUUGGGGAGGCAGAGUGGGCCCUAGCCCCUUCGGGAGCGGCAACAUCUGGCCAGCUCAGCCCCAGGGCGCAGGCAGCGCCCAUGCCUGGCCGCUGAGCAUCGCGGCAGCCCCUCUGCAUGGCUGCUUGCCCCGUGGGCCCCCCGCACCCCAGCCCGUUGAACACUACACUCCCCCUCUACCAGGCCCUACCCUGGGACGGUGCUUGGCAGGAGCGGGGUCUGCUGCAUGCCCCCAUCUCAGCCGACCCCCGUGCCUGCCCGGGGACACUGCUAGGACCAAAGACUGCAUCCACUGGGAGCUGGGGCACCUGCUGCUCUCGGGGAACCAGCAGCCCUCAGCAGGUCACCGCGCUGGGGGAAUAUCCUGGUGCCAGUGCCCGUGGCUUGCCGCGUGCCAUUGUGCCUCUCUCACACUAAAGGAGCAGCAGCAGGUG